UUGUUUGUUAAUCAGCGUGAACAGAGUUGGACAGAAGUUUCCAGAGUUUACUGUGGAAAUAAAAGUGUUAGUUAUAAUCGCACAGCUCCGCCUUUUCCUUUAAAAACCUCGCAUUUAUGACACCUCUCUCCUUUUCCUACGUAAUGUAACCCAGUCAAACCUUUAAAUAACCGAAGGCACGACAUCUCCUCUGUAAUUAACGCGCAGUGGUGCGCUUUAAACUGAAGCCGCACGUCCGAGCGCACUUACACAGAACUCGAGUUCACCCGUCCCAUUUCCUGGAUGAGGUUCCUGAGGGAGGAUCCAGAGAGGCAGGCAUGGGAAAGUUCUCCCCACUUUUUCCGAUUACAUCGAUUCUUUUUAAAGAAAGCAGGCAAACUCAAAGCGACUGCAGACCGCUACUGCAGGCAGCGGAGGGUGACACACGGGAGUCCACAGUCAGUGCUGCUGAGGCCGGGAAGGAGACAGAGAAAGGAGCAGAGGAUGUCCAGAGCUGACUGGUCCUUCCUGGAGCACCUGCUGGAGGAGGGACAGGAGUAUUCGACAGCCAUUGGCCGCGUCUGGCUUACUGUGCUCUUCCUGUUUCGCAUCCUGGUACUGGGAACUGCUGCUGAAUCUGCCUGGGACGACGAGCAAGCAGACUUUGUCUGCAACACGAAACAGCCUGGCUGCCCUGCUGUGUGCUACGACAGAGCCUUCCCCAUCUCACACUUUCGCUACUUUGUCCUCCAGAUCAUCUUUGUCUCCACACCGACUAUCUUCUACUUUGGAUAUGUGGCUGUACGGGCUGUGAAGGACACAAAUGGAGAGGAGAAUGAGAGGCAGGCAGAAGAAGGUGGUGGUGGGAGUAAGAGAGGAGGAAUUGAGAUAGAGAGAGACAAUAAGUAUGUUACUAAAAAUGAUGAGAAGGAGAAACAAGAGGAUGGUGGAAAAGGCAGAAGAGUUGACAAGGCUCCUCCUGAGCCUCCUAAACUGAAAGGCAGGCUGCUGUGUGCAUACGCUUUCAGCAUCCUGGUAAAAGUCCUCCUAGAAGCCGGUUUCAUGGCCGGGCUGUGGAUCCUUUAUGAUGGCCUCUUCAUUGCAGCAAAGUUUGAGUGCCAGGGGUUCCCUUGUCCUCACACGGUGGACUGCUUUGUCUCUCGUCCCACGGAGAAGACCAUCUUCACCAUCUACACUCAGGUGAUCGCCGCCAUCUCCCUGCUCCUCAACCUCAUCGAGCUCCUCCACCUCCUUCAGCUUGCCAUCUCCCAGCGGCUGGAGAAGCACUACCGCAAGGAGCAGGAAGACUACCUACCUCCGGUAAAAGUGGUAGCAGCGCCAGAGGAGGAGCCAGAAAGUCAAGCAGGGGCGUUUCCGCACAAAGCAGCGAGCCACGUUGAUCUUCCCGUGCAGGCUGCAUGCCACGCUAACCCCUGCGAGAGCUACAGGGAUCUGGAAAUAGAGGUGAACUCGGGACCUGGGGAGGCUGUGAAUGACGUGCUUCCGAGUUAUGUGAACUGCAUGGGGGCUAUGAGGACGACACAUUCCCCGAGAGUCCAUUACAAGAAACAGGCACCACAACACACUGGGAAAAACACUAAGAGUGUCCAAAAAGGACACCUAAAGCAGAAACACUAUGUAUGACGCAGUCUGAUGUGGUGUUGAAGGAUUUGUUUGACCCCAGAUUUCUUCCAGUUUCUUCCUACUAUCCUACACAUGACACUCGACUAACUAGAGUGCACGGUGAGAGCUCAAAUUAGAGAGAAACGAGGAAGAACAGCUAUUGCACUGUAAACUGGAUGCCUCGGAGGCAGGCAGACAUUAAAACCCAGAUUUACCAGAUGAAUUGACCUAUUCAAAAAAGCAACAUUUUGAGAACACUCCCCAAGGCAACGAAAAUGGGACUCAACAAUAAAGAAGACACAGUCAUAAGAUGCUUUCACGUUACACUUUAUGGCUUUUAGUCUUGAAUGUGGCAGUGGAAAAAGAAAAUCUGCAAGGCGGGGGGGGGGUUUGUCUGUGGAGGGAUGUUGUGAGUGUGCAGUGGGAGCACAUUUAAGAGUAUUCCUCUGAGAUUUGCACUGUAACCCCUGGAGUUCUCUGAAACCUCCUCCCUCUCUCCAGGCCUGUGUUCGCACUGAGGAAUGCUCUGGUCUCUGGGUCCUGCUCAGCUCCCCAGAGGAUAAUGGCUGCGUGGAUGUAGGCACGCAUGCAUGCACACACACAAUGUACUACCCCCCCCCCCUUUCAUAAGUUUUGGUCAGUUGGGGUUAUGGUCUGAGAGGGAAGGGGAGCCAAACCAUGAGAAUGCUGGGAUUUUUACAUGUCUUCUCAUUGCCAGUGACCGAACCAUUUCAUCUGUGAGGGAAGAGCGAGAGAGAGUGGAUACUCCAAUGCAAGAGCUGAAUAAUGGAGCACAGACAAGUAGCCAGUUUGAAAAUCAAACCUUUUUGAGAGCCUGGGAGAGAACUCAAGAGAUAAAUAAGUGAUUGAACACUGAAUGGACCGAAAGCGGUACAGAGCUGUGCAGACCUAAAGGUGUACUCUGUGGUUUUGGGGAAGAUUUUAAUCUGAAGAAAAAGAUCUUCACUGAUGCAACAAAAUUAUUAUUAUUUUUUUUUUCAUGACUGAUCACAAUUUCAUACUGUUUUACUUUAUUUGGCAGACCCUGCCACUUUCCAGCUUCAAAAGUUUUGAGAACAGCUUUAUUCAGUUGUGGAAAAAGUUUGUAUUAGGACCUCAUUAAUAUUUUAAAAAUUAAAAUUCUUACAUCCAAAACUACAUAGUGCCCCUUUGAAGAGCAACUUCAAGGUACCAUUUUUACAUAUUAAAGUGUGUUUACAAGUCUUGGCGAGUUCUGCUGCAUAUGGAUAAAGUUAAAUGAAGCCUUUUGUGGCUGCAGAGGAGGCUGCAUUACAUUGCCUCUGGUGACGUCACCCUGUCGCUAAGUUGUAUUGUGGGUAAUGUAGGAACCAAGUUUCGGAGAUCAGCGCAUUUGUUUAGCUUUGCACUUGAAAUCAAUACAUCAGAACCAUAUCACUUUUUUUAUUCCAUGCAUCAUUCUUUGUUUUCAGAACCUGCCGUAUACAUUCCCCACAAUGCAACUCAGUCACUGAGUGAUCACUGGAGGAAAUUUAUCAGGUUGCAUGCAGCUUCCUCUGGAGACACAAAAGGCUUUAUGCUGCUUUUCUUCACACAUGCACUAGCACUCCUCAAGACCUCUUAACACACUUCAAUGUGUGAAAUUGGUGGAGUUACCCUUUAAAUGAAAGGAAAUGACUAACUAUGUGAAAACUGUGUUUAAUGUUUAAUGUCUGUGAAGAAAUACCAGUGCUAAUAUUUAUUAUUUUGUGUAAAAUAAAGUGUACCAUUAAAUAAAUGAUGCACAGUCAAUCACUCAAAUUAAAUUCUGCAUUUUUCACCUUAGACAAAAUACACUGUAGAUGGUAUACAGUGACUAGAUUCCAUACAAGCUGAUGUCUUGCGUACAUGAUGGUUUUAUUCCUCUCCUGUGGAUACAGGGAUGAGAUUUCUCCGUGGGGAAAAUGUCUCUGAAGUGUGCAUUGCCUCUGUGUCCACCCAUACACUCUCUGCUAUCCAAAUACUGUCACAAUACGGAGGCAGUGAAUCACUCAAGAGCAAGCUUUGGGAAUAAUAGAAACACGCAGCUGUGGAGAAGUGGAUGAGCCUUACAGGGUAUCACGAGCAUAACCUCCUUAGGGGGAAAAAAUGGAGAGAAAUAACUUUGAUUUAAUGGCUGUUUUCAAAUCCGCAGCUCUGGCUGUAGAGGGAAGAAAGGCAUCAAUUAUAUGCCAGUAAAAGUUCAUACAAGGUGGAACAGCAUUUUCUAUUUAAUAUCCCCCAGGGAGUCCUCACUGUUAACGCUGUUUUCGCGGAAAGCAAUUGAUAAAAUCCAGAACUCAGCACCUUCCAAGAAGGUGCUCGUCCAGGCUCCGCAUGAAUGUAGCCAUAUGUCUUUUCAGGGCGGCAGCCUCAGCGCUCGGCAACACGGUGCUCAUUUCCAGCAAUUUACAGAACUGUCUCCAUGACGAUAAGAGAUUAUCUAUAGCAGGAAAGGGGGUUUAUGGGAAAUUUAAGUGAGACAGGUUCUCAUAAAACAAACAGCUUGAACCGUGUGAGGCCAAACAAGGACUACAAAAAGCAGCUGUGAAACUGAAAUUAAAAAUACUUUCUUUCUCUCUCUGCAGUUUAAUCAACAUGUUUUAUGAUUUGAUAAUAAUAGGAAGACUCGUUUCUCAGUCCUCAGAGUGGAAUGUGCUUUCAUUGUUGGCAGCCCCUCCCUGUGUCAAGGAUAAACUGGCAGAUAUCGUCAAGAGAACAAUCCAAACAGAGCCUGCUGAAGCUGCCCAGUUCAGUGUCUGUUCACAAGAACUUGGCUGGCAUUCUCAUGCAGUCUUGUUAUCUCAGUCCAGGUGGGUGGGUGCAUGUGUGUGCGCUCGCAUGCAUGUAUCAUGUGUGUGUUUUCACAAAAAGCCAAGGGGUCAUGGAACAGAUUGUGCAGGGGGCGACCUGCAUCAGCCCUGCGCCUGCCAACAAAAGCUGACAGCGGAGCUCGCUUUAGCAUCCAUCUUCCUUAUAUUUGAUCAAGCGAGAGAAGCCCUACACCCUGCUCUGUUCUUUACACAGCGUAAACUCUCACCUCACAUUCAGAGGAGCAGACAUAAACCCUCCAAGACGAACAGAUUCUACACAGUCAUAUCUACUCACCAGAAAAACUGCAGCCAUCCCAGUGAAGCCCCCUAACAGUGCCGAUCAAAGUGAUGUUUUGGCUCCAUGUUCCUCUGUCAGGACAACAGGACAUAAGCAAAUUGCUCUCCCAUUCAUUGGUUUGAUUACCCAUAAUUUACGUCUAGACUUUUUCCCCACACACCGCUUUCAGAGGACAUUCCAAUAAAGCCUUAACAAUGGAGAUAUUUGUUUG